AUGACCUCCCCGUUUCCAAAAUCAUCGUCGCUCCCUGGGGAGGGACGUGUUGUGGUGAAGCUGAUGCCAAACCAUGUCUCUGCGCUUGAGAGCAUCACGUACCAGUAUCCCCUGAAGCUCAUAUCCCCGUCCCCCACCGCCGAGCAGGGCAGUGUGCUGGUGUUCCUGCUAUCUUAUGGAGGCGGUCUCGUCGGCGGAGACCAAGUCAACCUCUUCAUCGAGGUCAAACCGAAGGCCAGGCUCAGCGUGGUGACGCAAGGACAUACAAAGGUCUUCCAGUCUAUUACUCCAGACGUUGUGACCAGACAGAAGAUGCAAGUUGAAGUCAGACCCGGUGCCGCACUUUGCCUGCUUCCGGAUCCUGUGCAACCAUUCGAAGCAAGCGUCUACGAGCAGACGCAGAUCUUCAAGGUGACUAGUGGCGCAUCCUUGUGCUUGCUGGACUGGGUGACUCAAGGCCGCACAGCUCGAGGGGAGAAUUGGAGUCUCACACGCUGGGUUGGACGUAACGAGGUAUGGGCCGUUCCCGAAUCCGAGCCCUCCAAGAGCCGCCUUCUUGUGCGCGACACCGUCAUUCUCGACGGGGCGCCGGGACCUACUCGGUCUCAAACGCUUCGACAGUCAAUGCAUGGAAAUGCUAUAGUAGGAACUCUGAUUCUACGGGGGCCCAUGACCAGAAGAACGGGCGACUUCUUCCUAUCGGAAUUUGCAGCAUUGCCACGGCUGGGUGCCCGGGACUUUCGGACCGCUGAGACGCGAGAGAAGGAAGAAGCCGCCCCUCAAACUCCUUUCGAACGUUGGCGGGCGACGAGACUCAGGCAGGAGAAGGAAACGAAUAUACUAUGGUCGGCAGCCAACGUCCGCGGCUGCAUCGUCGUCAAGUUCGGUGCUACGACGGUGGAAGCUGGCCGCAAUUGGAUUGGGUCGAUGCUUCUCCAAGAAGGCAGUAUCGAGCGACACUUCGGAGAGCAGUCUCUGAUGUGUGUUCGAUAG